UCUGACCUAUUUUUCAGAAAUUCUUCCGCAAAAAAGUGUGAAUUUCCCGUUCCGUUGGUCUUAAGCUGUGAUUCUUCGCUAUGUUGAUCCGAGAUCGGUUGGGUUCGUUACGUGCGCGCUGUGGAAACCAAGAGGAUAUCAAUGGGCGAAGGAGUUCAUUGCCUCGUGACCGAGCAUUAUGGAAUUUCCUCAGACAGGUGGACUGUGUUCGUGCAGCUGUGCGGGAUUUGGAACUGGCGUUGCUUGUAUUGCAGAGAUUGAAUAACAAGGCUUUAGCAACUCCACUGGAUGCGACUCAAAUUCAGGAACAGCGUAACAAAGCAGUAGCUGAAGUAAAGCUCAGGGCAUUGAAUGCCAAGGGACAACUUGCCCAACUAACGAGCUGUGAGUCGGGCCCCAACCGUCUUCGCCGUUUCUUGAUCGCAGCAGAAGGGAGGCGUCUGAAGCUUGCCAUCAGGGCGUGUCAUGAGGAAGAUGAAGCCUUUGUGAAUCGUUGUAAGGCAAGGCUGAGACACCAAUAUUUGCACGUUGGCAGGGAGCGGACAGAUGAAGAGUUGGAGGAAAUCAUUUCUGCAGGGCUGAACAGUGCGUGUGCAUACACCGAAAAAGGGGAAACGUUCGAAUGUUUGUCUCUUGAUGAAAAGGACGAAACAGAAAAUCUGGAACAUUUUGUACGGCUGGAGCAGCAGUUGACAGAAUUAAAUGAUAUUUUCCUCGACAUGGCGGCAACCGUGGAACUUCAGGGGAAUAUGGUGAAGGACAUCGAAACCCAUGUGCAUGCAGCUGAGGAUGCAACCAACUCGGGCGUUAGGCGGAUGCAGCGUGCUGAGCAUGAUUUACUAUCGCGGCGCUGUAAGAAAGCCAAUGCGAGUGUGAGCUGUGCUUUGUGGAAGCGUUCCUUCCUGGGCCCCUUCCCCGAAACCCUUCCCUCCUUCACUCAUUCGUCAGUCGUGGUGGUGGCUCCUUAA